AUGAGCGAACCGGCGCUGUCCGAACACGAACGGCCCCGUCCCAGCGCCAGUCCUGGCGACACGGGACCAGCAGCGGCGCCGCUGCCGCUGCCGCUACCGCCGCCACCGACACUGGUGCCUCAGCCCGCCAUCAUCAAUAAGCACGCGCUCCUGAACUUGAACCGGACGCUUAAAGCGAAGCAAAAAGGGAUCAAACACGCUGGCGGCGGCGUUGCUAGUGGUGUCACUAGCGGCCCGCUGACGUUCGCCAACGCGCCGGCGAUGGGCGAUGCCCUGGAAGCUAAAGACGACGGCGGCGACGAGGUGACGCUGGUGGCGGACGACAACGACCAGCUGAAGCGCCACCAAAAAGUGAAGCGUAUCCUGAAACAGGCGCUGACCAAAACCGAUUUCUUCGCCGCUAAACUCGCGCUGGCCGUCCACGGGUGCGACCUGCUGGACCUGGACGAGACGUUCGUCUACGAUCAACCGCAGGCGCCCGACGCGGCGCUGCUGGCGGUAGGCAGUGUUUACCUGCCCAGCGUGGUCGACGGCGCCGCCCCCGAGCCGGACUUGGGCGCAGGCGCCCUCGAGUGGGCGCCGGGCGGCACCGGCACCGCGCUGGCGCUGUUGUUCGCCGGCGCCCACCUGGGCCCGCACCUGGUGCGUUCAGUGCUGGAAAUGCUGCUACCAGAUACCAAUAACGACGCCGCCAACACCAAGCUCCGCCCGCGGAAACUGAUGCUGACGGUGGCGCUGCGCCACAACGACGACACCUUGGCCACCAUCAAGGGGUGCAGCGGCCUGCCCGGUCCCCUGGUGGGAGCGCUGGUGGGCGGCGCCAACGACGACCACUACAGCUACGACGAAGUCGACGCCGACGACGAUUUAAGCAGCGACGGCGACGACAGCGACGGCGACCAGCGCGCGCCGUCGCAGGCGCCGGCGCUCAAUACCCCACCCACCAAACUGCAGGCGGCGGCGCCGCCGCGACGGAAAAAAUCGCCGCUGACGACGCUGCUGCUGAAGCUAAGGCUGACGACGCUGAAGCUAUUCGACAAGAAGGGCUCGCAACCGCGGCGCUACCUGAUCAUCCCCCACGAUAUCGAUAUCGACGACUUUGACGACGACCUCAUCUACUACGACCAGGCGCGCUUCCCCUACAUGCUGAGCUCAGGCACUAAUACCCCCGGGGACGUCCCCCUGUUUUGUGGCCCCCCGUUGGCGGCAGCAGCGCCGCAAACGCUGGCGCUGGCCCACAAAUUGCCACACGCCCGCCUGCUUAACUUAGCGCUGAAAAAGAAACACCACCGCUACUUCUCAAUGGGAGCCCCCGCCGCCGCAGGAGCAGCAGGAGCAGCAGCGUCUCCCGUUGCUCCGGGAUCACCAGCCACCGCUAGCCCGGGUCACGGCGCUACCAUAUCAGGCCACCCCACUCCCCCCUUACAGCAGCAACAGCAGCCGACGUGGACUACGGGACUUCUACCCCUGCUGCCGCGUCACUAUGACACGUUUGACGAAGAACCACUUCUCCAAAACCCCGCGAAAGAGCUUAGAAAGCAAACGCUGUUUGCCCUGCUGAGGUACCAUAACCCGAUGAUGCUGCUGCCCCACGACUUGUACCGCAUCAAAUCGGAGGAAUUUGCCCGUCGUGGACGCUACCAGUGCUUGCGACUGUUCAUUUACACAUUGCUUUCGGUAGUAUUCAUCAUGACCGUCGGUUUCAGUCUUGGUUUCAUCUUAGCCACCACCAAACAGCUAGAAGACGUGCAAAUUCUGCUGAUUGAUCAGGCGGUAGUGGCGCUGGACGAGUUGGUGUUCAACGUGGCGGUGCUGGCAGUCAAUCCCGGGUGGUUCACCAUUGAUAUUGCCGACGUCGACUUGCUGGUAUUCGCCAAACUGGGCUAUCUUGAUGACCCUGACUCCCCCCACCACUACGCAGUGGAAACAGUGGUAUUAGGGCUGGUGUACCAGUUCAGUCUGCCCAUUAGUUUCACUGGGGGAGUGUUUAAUAGCGAACGGCAGACACAGGUGGCGGAGGUGAAAUUGGUUGGACCAGGCCGAAACGUCACGGGACUCGAUUCUGACUCCAAGGAUAACUGGAACAAGUGGAACCGCAUCAUCAAGCACCCGUUCGACUUGAUUUUGCGCGGGAAUUUGCAGUAUAAGUUGCCGAUGUCGUCGCAGCCGCGGUUCGUGUCGGUGAACAAGGUGGCCUACAUCGACCCCAAUAGCGAUUGA